AUGGCCUAAUAACGAUUUAUUCAAACACUUCAUCCCUGGCAACGGUUAUUCACCUUAUUAUCUGUUGUUAAUGCUUUUGGUGGGAAAUUUCCUUCAUCUCUACACCUCUUUCUAAAAUCCUUCUCGUCGAUCUCUAUUACAACAUUGUCUUUAGAGGAUGGCUGCUGCUAACUUCAGCUAUUGGGAUGAUUGUGUGGAGCCUCAAGAUUUAGAGGAAAUGUGGAAUAUACCUGAAGUCAGUGCUGAAUGGUUAAAAGCUGGCGAGGAAAGAGAUCAAAAGGUUCACCUCUCUCGCGAUCCUGAUGGCCAGCCAUAUUUGACACAGACUGAAAUGAGGGCUGUAGCUGACAUUGUUAUUGGCAAACACUUUCUGUCAGAGAUAAAUCCUGCCAUGGUUUGUGCUAUUGCAGAACUUGAAAGUGACAGGCAACUACUUGUUAUGAACCCUGGCUUUAAAACUAAAGAGCUUAAUGUGGGGCUUAUGCAACUUCCACCAAAAACUGCUGAUUGGUUGAUAAGCGCAUUAGGUUAUUGUACAUAUGUUACAGAAGAGAAUAUAGAAUACCUAUUCAGACUCAUAAAUGUAUAUUUAGCUGCUGCCUAUCUGAAAUGGCUGUCACACUUUGAUAACAUACAAAGAAAUGAAGAGUUUAUUGUAAGGGCAUAUAAAGGUGGCACGAAAAAGGCAACUCACAAAUCAACAUUGCGCUAUUGGCAAAACUAUCUUGCAGUUAAGGAAACUUUUGCAAAUUUUGAAAGCUUGGGCAGAAAUUCAAUUGAUGAUAGUCCUCCAGAAAUCAGAGCUGUAGCUCCUGCUCAUUCUCAUGCUGUAUCUCCAAUACCUUUAGAUCAUUCAAAAGAUGCAAAUGAUGACAUAUAUUGGGAUUCCAGAGUAUAUCCAGAAGAUAUGGAAGCAAUGUGGAAUCAUCCCGCAGUCCGAAAAGCAUGGACUAAAUCGAAAGAAAAACCCGGAAAAGUGCGUUUUUCUCAAGAUGAAAAGAAGAGACCAUAUCUUACCCGGGUAGAAAUGAAGGCAGUUGCUGAUAUAAUUCUAUUGAAACACCUCAGCAGCACGAAAGUUAAACCUACAGUAAUUUGUGCUAUUGGAGAGGUUAUUAGCAUGCGCUAUGUACAUGGACUUGGACCAAGAACUGGAAUAAUGGGGAUUGACUACUCCACUGCUUAUUGGCUUCACUCGGAAUUGGGUUUCAGGGCUUACAAACUUGAAUUAAUUGAUGAUCUAAGCAAUCCAUUUGUGUCCAUGUACUUUGGUGCUGCUUAUGUAGCAUGGUUAUCUGAAUAUGAAGGAAGGGAUAGAACUCCGGAAUUUUUUGUUCAGGCAUAUUUUGUAGGACCGAAAAAUGUGAACCCUCAGGAUGCAAGUACUCUUUGGCUAAAAUAUGAGGAAACUCUCAGUAAAUAUGAAGAUGAAAGAAAAAGGAAUGGCGAUAGUUGCGCCAUUAUGUAAGCCGACAGGCGUAGCAAAUUUAGAUUUUGAAGAACUCUCAUGAGCUGUGUUGUUAUCUUGUGUUUUACUAUUUGAGAGAUUUGUAAUUGUGAAGUGAAAUUGUCAAAUUGAUGUGCUAUAGAAAAAUAAACAAGAGGAAGAAACUUGCAUUCCAAGAAAUCAAAUACUCAUUGUAUAGAACUGAUUGUAUUAGUAUAGUCUAUAUUUGUUUUAGAUUUUUAGUGGCUUCAAAAGGAGUUUUACUAUAAGCAAGAAAAGUUACCUCUCAUUUAGAAAAAUCUCAACGUACCAUAUAGUCAAUUAAAUACAAAUGAUAUUCAAUAAAGGUUACAUCUUAUUGAAAUUUGAUUCGUUGAAAUUUACCUCUCAUGUUGUCAGACUAUAUGAGCUUCUAAUUUUAACAUCAUGAUUGUUCUUUAUUUUGUAAAACUUAAGGUAAACACACAAAGUAAAUAAAUAAUCAAACUUGUAGAAUUAUUGUUUUAGUUUCGGUUAUACUUCCUUCGACCUUAAUUAUAAGCAAAUUAUACUUUUUAGAUUCAUUUGAAUACCAAUGUAUUUAGACUUACUUAAGGUCAAAUACAUUGAUUUU